AGAAUGAAAUGGAAAGCGUAGGGUUGUCUAUCAAUAUUCAUUAUGUUCGGUUUUGUUUUCAUUUGGUCUGUUGCUACGUUGCCUGUUUUUCUUCCAUUUCACAACUCAAUUCUUUAAUAUUGGUUCGAUUAGCAAUAGGCAUAUAUCAAGCUUCAAUGGAACAAAUCAAUAUCAAUGGCCUAUGAAUUUCAAUAGGAAAUUAUUUUUUUAUCACUAUAAAACAGUUUAAAAUAGAAUGAGCUGUAGCCAAGUUUUAUCAUUUUUGGGAGUGGACACUGAUGUAAUUAUGUGGUUACCAUUUAUCCAUAUCAAUCGCAUUUAAUGCAACUUUCAUCUAAGCAACCAGAAACCAUAUCGAAAGCAGCUUCGAAUAGAUUUUUGUAAUCGGCCAUACAAUUCCUAAGCACUAAAAUGCCAGCUUCGAAGCUAAUGUUGCAACAGAAUCACAUUAAGGAUUCAGUGAACACAAACACAAUUUCAACCACUACUCCAUAUAUAAAUGGACAGCAGAAUGGAAGCAGCGCUAAAGUGGUUCUAGUUACAAGCGAAUCUAUGGAAAUCGAUCACAACCGUAAAACAGCAUCCACAUCAAACAACGGUACCGAUGAAGAAUUAACUUCGUUGACUUGGCUACAUGAUAAAAAUUUACUUAAAGGUAUAAAUAGUAUAUCGUGUCCCUCAAACGUUAAGCACAUGAAUAAUAAUCACUUGAAAAUAGUAACUGACAACGCAUUGAUAAAGCCGCAAUCACAGCAAGCAAUGAGUAGUAAAUCGCCAAGCUCGGGUGCCGCUACACCCACCAGUGAUUUCGUUGACGAUUCGGGUGUAUCGGAAGACAAUGUGUCUUCAAUGACUUCGGACAACAUUUCGGGUUCAGAGCAAGGAAAUAGCAUUUAUAGAAAAGUAAGAACGACACCGAAAUCGUUUGCAACGACACCACGAGAACGUGACAGCGAUACAAUUGAUAAUGAAGAUAUUGACGAUGCAAAUAAUAAUACGAUCAACAAAAAUCGUACCAUUUCUAAUGCUAAUCAAGUACCAUCGACCAACUCAUCCAUUAUUCACUUGAGUCCAGGUGGUAGUACUGUUAUCGAAUAUAAAACUGUAUCUAGUUUAACGCAAAAGUCGAAUUUCAUACCAAAUACAUCGUCUCCAUUAAGCAACGCCAAUCCAGUGAUCCUAUCGACUAAUAAUGGUGUGGUAUUUGCUGCAAAUAGCACAACUAAUGUUAUAAAAACCAUUUCCACUCACCAAAAGUUGAGCACACAAUCAUUAACAUCGUCGUCUACUACAACAUCCACACCGCAUACGCACUUCCAUAAGAAGUACAUUAAGGCUAUGAAUGCGUUGAAUGGAAGUGGCACCGAGACCAAAACUACUCUAAUCACAACGCAAAUCACAAAUUCAAAUUCAGAAGCACAAGUUUCAUCCCCAUCGACUGUUGUUUCCGUUAGAACACCACCACCGAAUGCAAUUUACACAAUACCCAUGAAACCAGAGUUCAGCACUGCAAAGUACGAGCACGAAACAGUUAUUGUUGAAAAUGAAUACCCACAUUCAGCAAUAAAUUUAGUUUCAAAUUCAAACCAUCGCAUUUACCAUGGUAACGAUAUCGAUCGUCAUUCAGAUGAAUAUGUAACACCGAUAAGCAGUCCUAGAUUGCAACAACAACCAGCUGCUCCUCAAAAGUUAUUGAAUUCAAACAAUAAUUCAACAGCAAAUUCACCAACAGACAUAUCAUUGUCUCAACCAACCGUUCCAUUAUCAUCAGCAUCACCAAAUUCAACGCAAAAUCAAGUCAAGCCAUCAAAUAAUAACGUUCCAUACGAUCCUUUCAUUCAUACCAAUAAUAAACCUCCAUUGAGCUUCAGUUCGUUGAUAUUCUUAGCCAUCGAAGAUGCCAAGGAAAAAGCACUUCCAGUCAAAGAAAUUUAUGCAUGGAUUGUUAAGCAUUAUCCUUACUUCAAAACUGCACCAACUGGUUGGAAGAACAGUGUUCGUCAUAACUUAUCGUUGAACAAAUGUUUCCAAAAAGUUGAAAAAGCACCGAAUAUGGGAAAAGGGUCAUUAUGGCGCGUUGAACAACAAUACAAGCAGAAUUUGAUAAUUGCAUUGACCCGGUCAUCAUAUCAUCCGAACACAUCUGCAAUGGAGAAAGCCACAGCUUCAUUGAAAAAUACUCCGAUUUCACCAGAUAGUCCAACAUCCAAGUCGAGUAAACGGCCAUUGGAUGCAGAGUUGUUCCCUCGUUUGUCUAAAUACAUGGCAAACAUACAAAAUGGAAAUAGCGUUAAAAUAUCGGCCACGAACAAUACCAACGAUGUUAUGCAUUUGAUCGCUGACAAAGAAUACCAGAUUAUCAAUAAUGAAUAUAAUCAUGUAAAUGGCGAAAGUGUGAUAGUGACCACAUCACAUGGAAUUCACACAAAUCAUACAGCGCAUGAUCAUGAAAUGGAUGCAAUAGAAGCUCAACGGAAUGUUGAACGUAUUGCCCGUGAUUGGGGUAUGGAUAAUAUAGAUGAUGUGAAUGCAGCUACAGCUAUGCUUGCUCUAAAACAUGGUCCGAAAAUUUUUUCGGAAACAUUUCAAACUGGAACGCCUAUUAUAACAACCAAACCCAGCGAAGACCACACAUAUUCUGCCGGUGGUGGUACUACAAAGUCAGCAGGGAACACAGUAUCGACAAUUGUUAAUUUUGGCCAGACUGUGAAUGAACCGAUUGUUCAAUUUAAUGGCAACAGCUCACCACCAACAGCACCUCAGCAAGUCCAAAUAAAAUAUGAUUCUAAUACAUUAAAUAAUCAUGGCACUGAAAUCAUUAUCGAUAAUAUGAGUAAUGGCACAUCAUCUGAUGCUGCAUACGAAAGCAGUGAAGAAAGUCAAAAUGACAUUUCGCGUGAAGAAGAAGAAGCUCGUCGUCACCAGGAAGGUAUAGAUGCGUUUUUGUCAUUUGCAACCGAAGUGUCAUCAAUGUCUUCGCCUUUAAAACGACCUCCAUCUUCAUCUGAUUACGUUGAAAAUGUACCUUUGCAAAAUUAUAACACUAACCACAAUAAUAAUCAUCAUAUGUUCGGUAAUGGAAACUAUUACUAUAACAGUAGUUCGAAUCAGCAAUAUGGUCAACAAAACAUUUAUUCAUACAUGUCAUCGCCGUCACCACCGAAAAAAUCUCGUUCUCGAACUUUACGUACCAAAUUGAAGAAAAAGACAUGGCUGCGAUAAGAUAUGGAACCGAUGAAGAUGUGUUCAUAAACCAUAAAUUCAGUUCCUUUCGUUUUAAAAAGUGUAUGGAAAAUGAAACAAACAAACAAAGCAAAAACUAAAAUGAUCCCCUCCCCCCCUCGAAAAAGGCCGAUCAGUGCUUGUUGGCCAAUAAUGAUAUAUAUAUAUAUAUAUAUAUAUAUGUACAUUGAGAUCGAUUCUCUGACUGAAAAAGCAAUGCAAAAAACCAAAAAUGCAAGUUAAAAAAUGAAAAAACAUAAUUUAUGUUUAAAAUGAAAAGAAUUUAUACACAAUUGGUGCUUUUUUCUUCCUUGGAAUUGUAAACAGUUAAACAGUUUGAAUUCUUCAAUUGAAUGGUGUUAUCUACUUAUUUAUGAUUUUAUGAGUUUGCAUAAAAGUUCAAAUUUAUUGCAAUUGUUUAUUUUUAACACAUAAUUUUAAUUGUUAUUAUGCAAAACGUGUUACGAUUUUAAUUCGAUGAAUUGUGACGAUGUCACUCCUUUAGUGACUUCUUUCAUUUUGUUUUCAAUCAAGCAAAAAAAAAAACGAGAUGUUGUUUUCAAAUUUUUGCGAAAUUUGAAAACUGAACAUUAAUAGCAAAUUAUUAGUAACAAAAUGAAUAUGUUAAUCACAAAUUAUACAUAUUAUGAAAGAGAGAAAACACAGAUUAUUUAGGUUUUAUGAAAAAUUCUAUAUACCGUAUAUAUAAAGAUAUUUAGCAAUAGCAAAUAUAUAUACAUAUAAAACUAUAUCUUGACCUAGACGAAUAUUUUUAGCAUGGGUAUCAUAAGAUGAAAUACAUUUGAAGACAGAACUAUAGAUAUAUUUAUAUUUACAUGAAUUAUCUAUGAUAUACGUGCAUGAAAUCGAAAAUAAAUAAAUGGUACUCUUAGACGAAUGUGCGUGAAUUUGAAUGAAGGGUGUUUCUGCAUCUGUAAAUAAAAAAAUGGAAAUCUUGGAUAAGAAGAGCGAGAAAUUCUGUGUCAUUUAUUGAUAUUCAGACUUCUCGAAGCAAAUUCGGAAUUAAAUUCAAUUGUUGAAUGCCAUUAGCAAUUAAAUAAAUAAAUAUUUGAAUUUGAGACACUAUUUAUCCAUGAAAUUAUUCUCGAAAAACUCGCAUAUUACAUUGAAAGUCCAUUUGACAUGUGACAAUAAAGCAAUCAAAACCUGGCAAUGUAAUUGUUUGUUCGUGCAAACACUUGACCGAAUUUUUCCACGUUGAAGAUUUAACCAAAAUAAUACUCUUUAUGUUGACAAAUAUGACCCGUUGUAACUUGACAGACAUUAUCAUCCAACGGAAUUAUUUUAGUUUCGCACAUCAUCCGGUAUAAAACAUCUGCAUCUAUUUCAACGAAUUUUCGCAUGUACGCAAUAACGGCAAGAUUUUCCUCGUAGAAUCAAGAAUCAAGAUUGUCCUCGUAGAAUUCCCAAACUUUCAAUCUUAAAAAAGCAUUAAGACGUUUUUACGUGAGUACUGUUGAUACAUGUAUUAAAUAUGGUUGUCAAAAUAAUUAUUGUUUGGCCAUUUGAAUCGACUGUCGCCAUCCAAUCCUUCGAAUGUUUCUCGAGAAAUUUUCUUUUCUAGUCUUUCUAGAAGAAGCCGUUCGUAUCAUGAUAUUCUUGUUUAAUAGCUGUUGUCAGCGAUAGCUUUCGAAAUUUCCUUAUUUGAAAUGGCUUGUGUGAAAAGGAUUAAAUAGGAAGCAUUUGUUGCACAUUUUUUUUGUGCAGUAUUGUCUCGAUUUGAAUCAGCUAAAACAAUGGACAAUAGAUAUUCCAUGUAAGCAAAACUAAUUUUUUUUAUUUUCGGUUGAGCGAUGAAUUUUGCAGACGUCAUUUUGCAAAUGUUCUGUUAUUUCAAAACAAGAAUCAAAUGGAAAAUUUACGGCAAAAUUCAUCUCGCAAUCCUGUUAUUAUGUGAGUUCAGAAUAAAACAUUUUGAUUCGAUUGAAUAUGUCGACAACUAAACUGUGAACCGUCAUCAUCACUCUGUUGCCACUGGUCGAUACCGAUCACAAAUGUUGUUUUUUGAAAUUGAUACGUUGAGAAAGUCUUCAUUGAAAAAAUGUAUUUCAUUUCUUUAUACAAUCAAAUACGGACAUUUUUUAUUUAUAUUCUUUCCAUCAAAUACAUCAUACGGAUAUCUUCAAAUUGCAGACAUUAUUUAAGAAUAUAAACGAACAAUUAAAGAAUAGCUGCAAAGCAUUCAAAUGAGAUAUAAGCAAUAUAAGGUGAACUGGAGAGUUCCGAGCACUUGAUAAUAACAAUAUUGAUAAUAUCGCAACAAUACACAAACACAUUGUGUAUAAUUGAAUUUAUUUUUCUUCGGGAGUCUGAAUAUAAAUCGAUUUACAAUGUGAAUACAAUUAAAUGACACAGAAUUUGUUGAUGCCCAUUUAUUUAUUCACAAAUCUUUUUAAGUGUUUUUAGCAUACAUUUAUAUUUUUAAGAAUAACAACAAGGAAAAUUUUAUGAAAUACCGAGAAAAAAACAAAUCUGUUAAAUGAAAAGCAUACACUGACUAUCAGAUAUUUAAUCAUCACAUUGAAUUGACCAAUGGCAAUAAGAAUCGGAACCCGCAUACAGUAAAUAAAAUUCAAUGAAACCGAAUGACUAUGAAUGAAUGGAUAUGAAUUGACAAAAGUGAAAAAGCUAGUCGCAUUUUAUGAAUAACGCGUGUAAGAUUUAUUGCUAUUCUGCUGUUCAACUUUUUUUUUAUAGUUUUCAGCUUAUUUUUAAUAUUGUUUUCCUUUAAAAAAAAAAACCAUUGUUGAACUUUGUUGAAUUCUAUGAGAAAUUCUAAUCACUUUUAUCGAUCGCUACGAAUGUAUUUAUUUGUUAAAGAAAAGAUUUUAAUAUUUUUUUAGCAGAAUGCGCUGUACAAAUAAACCAGAUUCCAAACUUUUAAAACGAAGAAAUGCAAAGAACAGAAAUAGUGGAAUAUAUGACAAAGCAGAAUAUUAAUAUAUAUUAAUUGGGAGCGAAAAAACUACAUUCAGUGCGCAAAUUAAAUUUUUUUAAUUAAUUUGGCUGUAAAUAUUGGCUAUUUUGUAACGAAACAUGUUGAUUGUAAACAAAAUGAAGUGAAUCGAAAAACAAAAUAUAAAACACAAUUUGAAAAAUUGCAAACACUUUUCUUAGAGAGAACACAAAUCACCAAUAGAAAACUUUUUGUUUUUGUAUUUUUGAAUCAACUGAUUUUAUCCGCAAAUUCUAAACGAAUGUCUAAUAUGAAAAUUUAAAUUAAAUUGUAAACUAUUCAAUCGAUUGGAAUUUCACACAAAAAAUGAAUGAAAAAAGCAAAACCAACACACAUAACUUUUACAAUGCACCCAAAUUUUAUUGAAUAUUUUUUAUAAAAAUGUAAUUCAUCGAAACAUUAAAAAAAGACAUCAAUUGAAACCAUAUAUACACUUACACACUAUACAUGCAUACGUAAUCGAUUUUUUUUUAUUUGAUUGGACAAGAAAAUUGUUUGGUUUUUAAUUUUCUCUAUUAAAACACAGAAAAUGACACACACAUAAAAACAAAUCAUGCGCUUCGGUAAUUUACACCGAGCUGUAUUAUUCGCAGUUCACGUGCCAAAAUUGUUAUUGCACCUAACAAAGUUUAAUUAAAAGCUGUAAAAAACAUCUAAUGAUUAUGAAAUUUAAGUUCAAUUUGUUAUUGAAUGUACAAGCUAAUUGCAAUGAUUCAAAUGGACAACUUAAAAUUGCACAUUUAUUACUGUAUAAAACAUAAAAAAGUGUAUAAUCUAUUUUUGCGCUUUUCUUCUUAUGUAGAAACUAUGCAUGCCUUAUAAUGUAAUAAAAGAAAUUUGAAUGAAUAAAUGUUAUACAAUAUACAAAAUA